AUGGCAUUUCAAGCACAUCCACACGACACGAACGCCACCGAUGACCACAAGUGUGUCCUUUUGGGCAACGCUUUCAAUGAACUCAGACAUCGAGACACUGACGAAGCCAUGGAUGGCAUGGAUUCGGCGGACAAUCACUCAUUACUGGUGGGCGCCCCCCGAGCCCAGAGUGGUCAGCCCCAGACUAAUCAUUCGGGAGUAGUAUUCAAAUGUUCUGUCAAUACAUUUAAGAAGGAUUGCACACAAAUCAAGAUUGAAGAGGACUCCAAACCUCCUGAUGAAGGAAUUAGUAAAGAUGACCAGUGGUUAGGGGUAACUGUCAAAAGUCAAGGCCCGGGAGGCUAUGUUAUGGCGUGCGCACAUCGAUACAUAUUAAAAGGGCCUGACUUCCAGUGGGGCCAAGGAAUCUGUUAUUCAUUAUCACAGUAUUUAGACUUUCGAAGAGCUUGGGAACCCUGUUAUAACAGACCCGUCAGUAAAGCACACGAACAGUAUGGUUAUUGUCAGGCGGGCACGAGUGGUGACAUAACUGAGGAUUACGAUAUAGUAAUAGGAGCACCGGGACCAUACACAUGGCGCGGCACUGUUUUCUCAAAUUCCGUCAGGGAAGGAUAUCGCAUCCGAGACGACAAGACUUGGUAUAUGGGACCUGUACUCGAAAAUGAGUCGCCUGUCGAUAAAUACAGUUAUUUAGGAAUGAGUGUGACAUCGGGCAAAUUUUUCGAUUCAUCCACCAGUUAUGCUGGCGGUGCUCCACGAGCUAACGGCACAGGUCAAGUGGUGUUCUUCUCCAAACAUAAGGGAGAGUCCACUUUCGACGUGAGUUUUAUUCUCAGUGGAGAACAGUUUGCCUCAUCGUAUGGCUAUUCUAUGACUUCAAUCGACUGUAACGGAGACGGUGGAGAACAGUUUGCCUCAUCCUAUGGCUAUUCUAUGACUUCAAUCGACUGUAACGGAGACGGCCGAAUCGACUUAGUAGUGGGCGCCCCCUUCUACUACAGCCGUAGCGAAGGCGGUGCCGUAUAUCUGUACCUCAACUCCAACGGAAAGUUUGUCAAAUCGACUCGUCUAACCGGCAAACCUGAGUCCAGAUUUGGCUUUGCCCUUGCUAAUGCCGGUGAUCUCAAUAAGAUAUUGGAUGUACACCGUGAUGGAAAUCAUGAUUUAGCUAUUGGUGCGCCCUAUGAGGACAAUGGUGUUGUAUAUAUCCAUUUGGGAACUGCUUCUGGCGUUAAAGAGACGCCCUCUCAGAUCAUCAAAGCCUCCGAAUUGCCGAAUGAGAUCCAAAAUAUCAAGACAUUUGGAUAUUCUCUUUCCGGAACACAUGAUUUGGAUCUAAAUGGUUAUCCGGACUUAUUAGUUGGCGCUUAUGAAAGCGAUGCCGUUUUGCUGUUCAGGUCGAGACCUAUUAUAGAUAUUCAAACUUCAGUUACCGGAGAAUUAAGUCAAAUCGAUCCCAACCGGGAAGGCUGUCGGGAUGAUCUCUAUUCCAAAUUAUCGGCCGACUCAGACACGCCUAAUAUAGUUGAACGCGAUAUUACUAUAAGAGGUGUGAGUGAUCUGCAGAGUGAGCACUGUUCCAAAGAAAUAGUUUAUCUUAAAGACAAAUCCGAUAUUCAAAACCCUGUGAUGUUUGAGUUGACGUAUUCACUCAUUCAAAAAGAGCCGCGAAUGCCAACAGACGGCGAAACACUUCCAGACCUUAAUAAAUACCCAAUUCUUAAUCAAGAGGAGGCGCACCGGGUGUUUGAGGCCCGGUUUCUUAAAGAAUGCGGUUCCGAUGAGAUCUGCGAAAGCGAUUUGACAGUAGAGGCGGAUCUGACCACUAAAAGGAGAGACGGCACCAACACUUAUAUGUUAUAUUUGGGUGAAGAGCACCUGAGUCUUAAUGUUCGGGUAAUAAACAAAGGAGAGCCCGCAUAUGACGCCAGUGUUUACAUAACACAUCCUUCAAGCCUUAGUUACGUCGGCCGCAAGAUUACAAAAGGGGACCAAUUGGACUGCAGUCCAAGCAAUAGGACGACCUUAAAGUGCGAUUUGGGAAACCCUUUCAAUCCGGGAAAAGUGGAAUUCCAGCUCAGAUUUAAUCCGAUGGGUCUUUCAGACGCAGAAACUAGUCUUCAAAUUCAAAUCCUGACGACAACGACAAGUGCUGACAAGUCAGUGAACGACGAUUUAGUGACACUCACUGCAGAAGUCAUUCGUAACGCAGAAUUGGAAUUAAGCGGCAAUUCUGAGGAGCAGGCCGUCAGAUAUGGCGGUGAAAUCAAAGGCGAAGCGGCCAUUAAAUUUGAGGACGAAAUCGGAAGUAGAGUUUUCCAUAAGUAUAUCGUGAGAAAUGCCGGCCCCUGGAAGGCCUCUCGUAUUGAUGUUCACAUCUCGUGGCCCUAUCAGGUCGAGAACGGCAGAGAACAUGGAAAA